AUGCCGGAAUUAAAUGUUUGGUAUGGUCCUGAUUCGUACAUGGGAGCAAAUAUUGUAAAGUUAUUCCAGCAGAUGACAUUGAUGACUGAUGAAGAAAUUGCCAAUAUUCACCCUAAACACAGCCUAAACUCCAUCAAAUCAUUGCUUUNCCGUCUUCAUUAUUUCCANGAAGGAACGUGUAUCGUACAUCAUCAUUUCGGUCAUGAGGUAGUGGAGAGAAUAAAGUACAUGUACUGUGAUGCCUUUCUUACUGCACACCUCGAGGUUCCAGGUGAAAUGUUUUCACUAGCAAUGGAAGCAAAGAAAAGGGGAAUGGGUGUUGUUGGAUCCACACAAAACAUACUAGAUUUNAUCAAGCAGAAGGUUCANGAAGCAGUGGACAGGAAUNUUGAUGACCACCUCCAGUUUGUUCUAGGAACAGAGUCAGGAAUGGUAACAUCCAUUGUUGCNGUGAUCAAGAGUUUGCUAGGUUCUUCCAAGUCGUCUAAAUUAAAAGUUGAAGUAGUGUUUCCGGUGUCAUCAGACUCUAUGUCAAAAACUUCUUCAGAGGGUCCAAACUCCAUUAGAGUUGGUGAUGUGGCAUUACCAGUUGUACCGGGAGUAGCAGGUGGUGAAGGCUGCUCUAUUCAUGGGGGAUGUGCAUCAUGUCCAUAUAUGAAGAUGAAUUCGCUUAACUCGCUCUUGAAAGUUUGCUACAAUUUACCUGAUGUGGAAAAUGCAAUCGGGGAAUUCAAAGCAGAGCGAUUUAAACAUAAAAUCCCUAAUUCGAUUUCUUCAUCUUCUCGAUUUCAUCUCAACUUUGUCAAAGAGAUCUGGGGUUUUUAG